AUGAGCGAGGACGAUGCGGCAGAAAGGAACUCAGAUGGAAGGAUAGGUUACGACGAUGAUGACGAAGGGGACGCGCUCGUGCCCAGCAGUAACUGGUCCCGCAGCGUGGAGCGCGCACUUGAGAAGCUGUCCGCCGAGGUCGCGGCGUUACGAGAGCAAAUAACAACAGGCAGAGAGUGGAAGUCCAAAAAGUCACGAAGCUUUCCAGCCUGGCUACGAUGGUUUACGUGGGUUAUCAUGAAACAUCUAGCCAUCGAUAUGGUGCUGCUAGCCUUCAUCCUACUGUGGAUGCGCAAGCGCAAGGACCGGCGACUGGAAGACUUGGUCCGGGCAGGGGUGAAGUUGAUGCGGGAGUACAGCACAAGCGAAUCUUACAGGUUGCGAAACAAGAAGAAGCGGAAAAGGGCUUCAUUGAGACGCCCGCGGGCCUCAUGCAAGGCGAGGAAGCUCUCAUCAUGGAGUCGGUCCACGCCCCGAUACCGCCCGGCGCCGAUUAUAACGACCGACACCUGUCCACGUACAAGCCUCCCGAGGCUCCGCAAGUGA